AUGUCAGAUCAAUUAAAAGAAUUUGUUGAGAUGCCGAAACAAUUUAUCAAAGAAGGUACACAGUUUGUAAAUCGAUGUACUAAACCUGAUCGUAAAGCAGUUGCAAUGGGAUUUUUUGUAAUGGGAUUUAUUGGAUUUUUCGUGAAAUUAGUUCAUAUUCCAAUUAAUAAUAUUCUUGUUGGCGGGGCAUAA